GGGAGAGGAAGGAGUAAGGGGGGUCACGAGGAGAAACCACGUGGGGUGAGUCAGCAAGGGGCGGGGCUUAGGAGGGAGGGAGAUAAAAGGAAGCAGAGGAUCCUGGAAGGAAGAGGCUGCGAAGAAGUUGGAGUUAUUAAGGUCCAGGAUCCAUCUCCAAAAUGUGGCGGUCUGUAGCAGCUCUGUGUUUUCUGGUGGCCCUUGCCAGCGCCCGGAGCGUCCCUUACUUCCCUCCUCUCUCCCACGACAUGGUGAACUACAUCAACAAGCUCAACACCACUUGGCAGGCUGGGCACAAUUUCCACAAUGUUGACAUGAGUUAUGUGAAAAAGUUGUGUGGCACAUAUUUGCACGGCCCCAAGUUACCUGAAAGGUUUGCGUUUGCAGAUGAUGUGGAAUUACCAGAUAGUUUUGACUCACGGAAACAAUGGCCAAGUUGUCCAACCAUCAACGAGAUCAGAGACCAAGGUUCUUGUGGCUCUUGCUGGGCAUUUGGUGCAGUGGAGGCCAUUUCUGACCGGGUUUGCGUCCACACCAACGGCAAGGUGAAUGUGGAGAUCUCUGCAGAAGACCUUCUCUCCUGCUGCGGCUUUGAAUGCGGAAUGGGAUGCAACGGAGGCUACCCAUCUGGAGCAUGGAAAUACUGGACUGAGAAGGGCUUGGUGUCCGGUGGGCUUUAUGAUUCCCACGUGGGCUGCCGGCCAUACUCUAUCCCGCCUUGUGAGCACCACACCAACGGCACUCGUCCCCCCUGCUCCGGUGAAGGCGGAGAGACCCCCGAAUGUGUCAAGAAGUGUGAAGAUGGCUACACACCUGCAUACAAGCAGGACAAGCACUACGGAGUUACCUCCUACGGCAUCCCUCGCAGUGAGAAGGAAAUAAUGGCUGAGAUCUACAAGAACGGGCCAGUGGAAGGAGCCUUUGUUGUGUACUCUGACUUCCUCAUGUACAAAUCAGGUGUCUAUCAACAUGUUUCUGGAGAGGAAGUUGGUGGCCAUGCCAUCCGUAUCCUGGGCUGGGGCGUUGACAAUGGCACCCCUUACUGGUUGGCAGCCAAUUCCUGGAACACAGACUGGGGUGAAGACGGUUUCUUCAGGAUCCUCCGUGGACAGGACCACUGCGGAAUCGAAUCUGAAAUUGUCGCUGGGAUCCCCAAGACGAGCGAAUAUUGGAAGAUGCUGUGAAGACGUUGCCCUUCUGAAUCCAGCUGAUUGAUCUGCAAAUAAUCAAGUUGAUUUUUAUCCUGUGGAAACGGAAGCAGUGGUGACAAAAACUGCCACACUCCUCAGACAUUUUAGAUUUCAGAUUUUUUUAAAAAAAUAAAGCCUUUUAAAAUGUUUUAAAAACCAUUACUCAGUGCUAUUGUCUCCAGGAGGCAGGAAGAACGAGGCGGCACAAAGUGGGGCAACUCUAUAGAGUCAUUGAGAAACGAAACCAGAAGGAUGCAAUUGAAUCAGAGCUAGCUGAUUUAAUAAUUUUGAGUAAAUAUUUCUCGGUAUUGUUGAGAAAUAUUCUUCCAAGUGUCCUAUAGAAUUAACAGGGUGAUUGGACUGUUGGGGGGACACAACCCUAGGUGAGCCAUAGCAUGGUGCCAAAGAGGAUUUUCAAGGCAAAGGAUUGGAAGCAGGCUAAAAUGACUGAUUGUUGAUGAUUUAUGUGCUGAGACCUUUAUUGGGUCAUAUUGAUGAUGAGACACGGGGGAUAGCAAAGAGAUAAGACAUUUGAGACAAUGAUGAACUAUCUUACGCUUUGCUUCAGCCAAUAAGAUGGUUCCCAGACUUGGAUCCAUCAUAUGUUUUGGACUCCAGCUCCUGCUUAUUGGCCAAGCUGGUUGUGGUUUUGGGGAAAUGAAGUCCAAAACACCCAGAGGAUCCAAAAUUGGGAACCUCUGUGCCAAUUCCUCUUUAUUUCUUGCUGAUUCUCUAUCCAUGUUCCUAGGCAGCUAGGGGCAAAUUAGAGUCUCCGUGUUUAUACUGACUAACCCCAACAAGGCUCCAUUGUAUUUGCUUCUGGAAACUUCAGAUCUGUGCUUUGGCUUUUAUUGGAGUGUUGUGCCACCAUGUGGCUAGUAAUUUGAGGCUUCGAUCAUUAUAAAUGGGAUUUAAUCAUGGAUAGCAAAUUAUGGAGCCCACUCUGUGUUCCUAGAUAAGCUCUAAGUGUCAUACAUUAUUUUGUUGCAUUUCUCAAGUCUUUACAAUAACUGCACUGGCUGAAUUUGCACAUGGAUAGUCAUUGAUUCAGUAAAAUAUAUAAUAAUAAUUUACAAUUGCAAAUCAUCAGUACAGGAAUGAUGAUAGUGGUGAUCAAUGCAUGCAGACCAGACGUUUGGAUCUGGACUUGGUCAUACUAAAAGCAGACCCAUUCGUCUAAAUCCAAGUCUCUUUAUUUUAAAUGAGAGACCCACUGAGGUCAAUGGCUCUACUGUGAGUUAGACUCCACCUGGAUCUGACACAUAGGCUCCGUUAUUUCACUAUCUCCCAGCUUCGAAUGUACUCAUGAAAUGCACAAAGCCUUUAAACUUGCGGUUGUUGCAAAAGCAGCCAAAUGUUUACCAGUACGACUUCAGUUGGGUUUUUUUUCUUCAUCUCUCCAAUAAAGAGUUGAAAUCUCA